AUGGGCUGUGCCCCUAAUGCUUCACAUUCUCCAGUGUUCCUCCUCCUUGGACUCUCCAGAGCUAGAGUUCCCCCCAGUCUCCUCUUUCUUCUGUUCCUGACUAUUUACCUGACCACCGUUAUGGGUAAUGUCACUUUGGUGCUGCUCAUCUCCCGGGAUUCCAGGCUCCAGUCCCCUAUGUACUAUCUGCUCCGUGGUCUGUCCAUGAUAGAUAUGGGGCUGUCCACGGUCAUCCUGCCUCAGUUACUGUCCGAUCUGGUCUCUGAUCACCCAGCCAUUCCCGCUGCCCGCUGCUUGGCCCAGUUCUUCUUCUUCUAUGUAUUUGGAGUUACAGACACACUCAUCAUAGCUGUCAUGGCUCUAGAUCGAUAUGUUGCCAUCUGUGAUCCUCUGCAUUAUGCUUUGGUGAUGAAUCGGCAACUCUGUGCCCGCUUACUGGCCUUUAGUUGGGUAGUAUCCGUAUUGCACACUAUGCUACAUGUGGGACUUCUUCUGCCCCUCCGCUGGGCUGGGGAUGAGGAGGGCAAUGUUAACCUUCCUCACUUUUUCUGUGACCACCGACCACUUCUGCGAGCCUCUUGCUCAGACACACAUUCCAAUGAGCUAGCCAUAUUCUUGGAAGGUGGAUUCUUAAUGCUGGGCCCCUGUUCACUCAUUGUGCUCUCCUACAUCCGCAUUGGGACCACCGUUCUACGUUUGCCAUCAGCUACCGGUCGUCGACGUGCUGUCUCUACCUGUGGGUCCCAUCUCACUAUGGUCGGCUUCCUCUAUGGUACUAUCAUUUGGGUCUAUUUCCAGCCUCCUUCCCAGAAUUCUCAGGCCCAAGACAUGGUGGCUUCAGUGAUGUACACAGCCAUCACACCCUUGGCCAAUCCAUUUGUGUACAGCCUUCGCAAUAAGGAUGUCCAGGGCGCUCUCCGCAGACUACUUGCCCAGGGGAGAGUGGACUCAUGA